UGCCGAGAUCACCAACAGAUGGAAGCACGCAUGCGCGCACCGCUGCGUGCCUAGCACGCCGACAGAUGUACGCAUGCGCACACCGCUAUGUGCCGAGGGCCCCAACAGAAGCACGCAUGCGCACACCGCUGUGUGUCUAGGUCUCCAAAAACAGAAGCACGCAUGCGCACAUCGAGGUCCGUGGGGCACCGCGCGGAAGCGUCCUGACUGCGCAGGCGCAGCGGGUGGUCGCCAUGGAGACGCGUGGCCCUGGCCUGGCGGUCCGCGCUGAGAGCCACCAACUAGUCGGCAGCGGGUCUCCGGCGCCCCCGGGGCGGGUUGGGUUGCAACCCAGCGGGCGGAUGGACCGCCGCGGUGGGGCAGGGACAUUGGGGUAUGAGGACAACGACGGCGAGGAGGAGGAACGGGAGCGGGAGGGCGGCGCCGCGGGCCCGCGGGGGUCUAGACUGCCCCCCAUCACAGGCGGCGCCUCCGAGCUGGCCAAACGGAAGGUGAAGAAGAAGAAAAAAAGGAAGAAGAAGACCAAGGGGUCUGGCAAGGGGGACGAUAAACAUCAGAAUCAGAGCCUGAAGAGCCAGCCACUUUCUUCCUCCUUUCAUGACAUCUUAAGUCCUUGCAAAGACCGUGGUCCGAAACCAGAGCACAGACAGAGCAAAGUGGAAAACAAGCACCUCCCUUCUGACUCCUCCACCGUCAGCCUCCCCGACUUUGCCGAAAUAGAGAACCUUGCGAACCGGAUCAACGAAAGUCUGCGUUGGGAUGGAAUUCUUGCUGACCCAGAGGCAGAGAAGGAAAGGAUUCGCAUCUAUAAACUGAACCGGAGAAAGCGGUACCAGUGCUUGGCCCUCAAGGGCUUCCACGCCGACCCCGAGGCCCUCAAGGGCUUCCACCCGGACCCCGAGGCCCUCAAGGGAUUCCACCCCGACCCCGAGGCCCUCAAGGGCUUCCACCCGGACCCCGAGGCCCUCAAGGGCUUCCACCCGGACCCCGAGGCCCUCAAGGGCUUCCACCCGGACCCCGAGGCCCUCAAGGGCUUCCACCCGGACCCCGAGGCCCUCAAGGGCUUCCACGCCGACCCCAAGGCCCUCAAGGGCUUCCACCCGGACCCCGAGGCCCUCAAGGGUUUCCACCCGGACCCCGAGGCCCUCAAGGGCUUCCACCCCGACCCCGAGGCCCUCAAGGGCUUCCACCCCGACCCCGAGGCCCUCAAGGGUUUCCACGCCAACCCCAAUGCCAAGGAGACCCCUGAGGACUUACCCUACCUCUUGGACAAAGACAGCAGCUCCAGCCACAGGCAACCCACGUCGAAAGCCGAGUGCCCCAAUCUCUAUUUUGAAGGAAACCUUACCCCAAAGCUUCUACACUCUGAUUUAGCUCCUACUCUGCUGGAGUAAAAAUCUACCCACGACACUCACAAACUUAUAAUUCCUCCUCACCACAAGUUUAUGUGUUAAAAACAAUCAUCAUAAAAGGAAAUGAGGCCUAUAUCUGAAGGAAACAGAUGUGUGGUACACGGACGACACCAACUCUCCCAUCACCAAGCUGUCCUCAGUUGCCCAGGAGAGCCACAGUGCCUUGAGAACAUAAGCAAUGUAGUGAAGAGUUCUUUUCAGAAUUUCCUUUUUCUUAAAUAAGCAUCUCUGUUACUUAAUUUUUCACCACAGCUAGAUAUCUAUAAUCUGCCCCAAAAAGAAAAGAAAGUAUGUAGAUAAUUUACAUCUUAAGUCUCAAUCUCAUGGUGAAACUCCUCACACAGUACCUGCUUCUGUUGGCCUGAGGACAAUGUCCUGAACCUCUUGGAGCCUUUUUCUGUUUUAAUUAAAUGCAUGGCCUGCCUUUA